AUGGCCACCCGCGCUCCUUUGUCUAUCCUCGCUUUAUCCGCUACCCAGACGGCCUUUCCGCCGUUCUAUGACGAGAAGGACGGUGAUGCCUGGACCACGAAGACCGCGCCGACGGACGAAAAUACCGCGCCGUUGGACCCGGCGUCCGAGGACACUGAGGGUGCUAUCCAUGUUCGAGUUCUUGGUCCUUCUGGAGCUUUUAGCCAGCGUGCGAUUUCGGCGCCUGAGGACCCCAGCUCGGACGAUAGCUCGGACGACGAGGCACACUCUGACUGUGAAGAUGCAGCAGGAAGUGAUGAUGACGACGAUACCAUGCGGAGGUUUCUUGCGUUCGCCAACAGGAACCGCGCCUCGGGGUCUGGCCUCCCGGCCAUGUUGGCUCAGCUGAACCGCGCUGUGGAGGAGGCUGAUGAUGGUGACUCAGAGACGGCUGAGCUGUUCGUCUCUUGCGUCGCUGGGGUCAUUCGACAAGAGCGCCAGAUCCAGACGGCCGUCGCUGAGAUCCUAGAAGACGACCAGCUCACUGUCGAGUCCCCCACGACGAGCGAAGAGGGCUUUCCUUUCUGUGGCAGAUGCGCCGCUACUCGGGACUCGGAGGAAAAGCGAGUCUUCGAGGCAUGGCUGGCGCGCCGCGCUGCCUUCGAGGAGCUCGGUGUCUCGCGCCUGGACGGCGCUGACACUGAAGGCUUUACGCUCGCGCGGCUUGAGCAGCGGGGAAAGACUCCGGCCAAGCCGUUGCGGCGUAAGCUGCUGAAGUACCUCUGCGAAGUCGACGUCUAUGAUGAGUGUACCUACCAUGGUCUUCGGUACCCGAAGCCGUACGCUCCUCAGGUCAAGCCGGACAUCAAGCAAUCGAGUCGUGCUUACGUCGUUGAGUCUGGCACGAUCGGCGACAAAACUCCGCAAAUGCACAUCUAA